UAAACAACAGAAGAAGAAGAAGACAAGCCAAGUUCAAGCUGGAUCUGUAAUCAUUUGAAGCGUGGCUCAGCUGCCUAACGAGACAGAGCUGGAGAAGCAUCAGGAUAAUCAGGGCCUGAGACCAACUCUACAAAGCCACUUCUUGCAUACACAAGCCUGUUUCUACAGAGGAUUGAUUUCUCAUUGAUUUCAAAACAAACAAGCAAAGGUUGCUGCCAUGCUGUUCAUUAGGAUUUUCUUCUGCUUGUUUCUCGGAGCUUUGUCAGCAGCAGCAGCUCAGAAGAUAAAGCAGAACCUUUUUCACUCAGCCAGCCGGAUUGGACCUCAGAGUCCAUACCAGCCUCCAGCUCACUCACCACCAGCUGUCCAACAAGUGAAGCAGGACUUCAGGGAACCUUUAUCUUGGAGGUACCCUGAGCCACCCGCCGAGGAGGAGCCUCGGUUUCCUCCAGACUUUGAACUGAGAACUCCAAAGCCCGUCGAGAGCAUCGCUGCCAUUUGUGGAGAAAAUUCGGUUCACGUGGAGGCCAAGAAGGAUCUGCUGGGAACUGGUAGACCUGUUCUGUCUUCUGACGUGACUCUGGGAGGGUGUCCUGCUGUAGGAGAAGAUCCUAAUGCUCAAGUCCUGAUCUUUGAGUCUGAGCUGCAUGGUUGUGGCAGCCAGCUGACGAUGUCCGACGAUACGUUCACCUAUGAGUUUAUGCUACACUACUCCCCCAGUCCUCUGGGAAGUAGUCCCAUCAUUCGAGGGCGAGAGGUCUCCGUCAGUAUUCAGUGUCACUACCUGAGAAAGCAUGAUGUGAGCAGCGGGCUGCUGAAGCCAACCUGGUCCCCAUUCGGUGAUGACAAAUACUCCGAGGAAAGUCUCUACUUUUCCCUGAGGCUCAUGACGGAUGACUGGCAGCAGCGCCGUCCCAGUGCCCAGUUCCUGCUGGGAGACAUGAUGAAGUUUGAAGCUUCAGUGAAGCAGUUUCACCACAGCCCGCUUCGUGUGAUCGUGGACAGCUGCGUGGCAAAUGUGGUUCCAAAUGUCGACACGGUUCCUCGAUACACCUUUCUAGGGAACAGUGGGUGUCUGUAUGACAGUCAGCUGACGGGUUCUAGCUCCCGUUUCCUGCCUCGCUCUCAGGAUGACAAGGUGCAGUUUGAGGUUGAGGCGUUCAGCUUUGAACAAGACAACAGCGGAAUGCUUCACAUCACCUGCAGUCUGAGGGCCAUAGCAGCUGCAUCAGCAUUCAGCAACACUAACAAGGACUGUUCAUUUGCUGAUGGCAGGUGGAAGGACGCCCGUGGCAACAAUCACUUCUGUUCCUGCUGUGACUCAGACUGUGGAAAAGCUGGAGGAAGUGACCUGCUAACACUGGGUACUCCGUUGGAAGAGGAGAGAACAGUUGGACCAAUCACAGUCAAGGACCGGCCCUUGUUGUAAUAUACCAAGUCAGAAGUUAAUAAAAAAUUCUGAUGAGA